GUCUCCAUUACAACCUCUGAAUUAAUCAGUUUCUGCUCUACUGUCGCGAGAAGGAAGAUAAAAGACAGAUACAUAUACUAAAUCGAAAUUAACAGACAGCCUGCGUGCCGGUGGAAUUUUUUUUUCCUCAACAGAAAUGGCGGUGACGAGGGUGGUUUUCGUGGUGGUGCUUCUGGCGGCCACGGCGGCGCCGGUGGCGCUGUCCUGGGGCGAGGACGCCGCCAAGGUGUUCGACGACGCGACCAGCGGUGCUAAAGACAUGUUUAACAGUGGAGAGGCAGACGCAAAAGCAGCUGCCGACAGCGUCGCCGAGAAGACGAAGGAAGCGGCGGCGAAGUCUACAGAGACACUGAAUUCAGCAGCUAAAGACACAUCUCAGUACGCAUCGGAGAAGGCCGGCGAGGCCAAGAGAAUUCUGGCCGACACAGCUCAAUCCGGUGAGGACAAAGCUAAGAACGCCUACAAUAAGGCCGCCGAGACGGCCGACAAGAUGACCGGCGACGCCAUGAAAAUGGCUUCCGACGCCACGCAAGCCGGCAAGGACACGGCAAGCAAUAUCUACCAUUACUCCGCCGACGAGACGAACAAGGCGAUGGGAAUGGCCGGUCAGGCCAAGGACGCCAUGGAAAAGCAAGCUGCGGAUGCUUACAACAAGGCCGCCGGACUCGCCGGCGACGCCAAGGAUGCAAUGAAAGAGAAGACCCCCGACCCCAGGACCGGCGAGACGAUCAGAAUGGCGGCGGAGAAGACGAACGAAGCCAAAGAUGCAGCUUAUGAUCAGUACAAGGAAGCAGCCAAAGAAGCUAACGACAAAUACGCAAACGCUAAGGAUUCCAUGGCGGAAAAGGCCAAGCGAGUUUAUGAAGCAGCUAAAGAGAAGUUUUCCGACGCCGCCGGAAAUUUCGGAGCUCGGUCCAGAGCGCCGGAGGCCGAGCUAUAAAUAUACAUACGUACAUAUAUAUAUAUAUUUAAAUACACAUCCUUUUGUUUCAUUUUCUUGAGAAUCUGCUGUUUAGGUUUAUAUUUUGCGAAAUAAGUGAUGGCUGACUCCAUGAACAAUACAUUCAAGCUUUUUGAUA